AUUUUGCAAUCUGUUUUCCUGGUCUUCUGAGUACUAUGAACGGUACUCAACAGUAUCGAUGACUUUUAGUGAUCAAUAACUACAAAGAUCAAGUCAGUGUCAACUACUUCGUAUUGACACAUAGUGGCAAGAUUGUUCGACAUGUCUAUUAGCAUCUUCAGAGCCUUCAACCUACUUUCCAGCAUUCUUUUACUCCCGUUUGGGCCAUCAAACUUAGCGCCUGCCCAUUAUCUUUCGCUUCAAUCUGGUGAUGGAGGAAAGGAUGUGGUCUUCGUUCUUGCGAAGGGAUGUGCUGAUGCUAAACGAUUCCCCUCUACUGAGAUUCAACGUCCGGACGCAUUAUCGAACGAUCUAUCCAUCAUACUCCAAAUGCGAAGCAUAUACCAGAGUUCAUGAUGUGAUGCUUCCAAAUUGCCUGACACAUAUUCACACAUCCUAUAUCAU